UCUGGUACCCGCAGGAACUCGCUCUGCUCCCGCCCGCGGCUCCAGUGGUUCCCCCUGCAGCUCCCCUGGGCUCGGGCUGCGGUAGUGCAGCCCACGGAGCCGGCCUGCACCCUCUCCUCGGCCUCCCCGCCCCGCCCAGCUCCGCCCAGCGCCAGCUGACACCCAUUCAGCAGGCGAAGGUGAGGCUAGAGGAGGCGGUGCGGAACUUGCCGCCCCCUGCAGCGGCCGCCAGCUCCGCCUGCUGGGGCACCCGGCAGACAAAAGAGGCAGCGGGCAGCGCAGGCAGGCACUCCCCGAGGCUGCAGCAGCGAGCGAUGGCCGGGCGCGGAGGCCGGGUGCUGCUGGCGCUGUGCGCCGCACUGGCCGCCUGCGGCUGUCUCCUGGGCGCCGAAGCCCAGGAGCCCGGGGCGCCGGCGGCUGGCAUGCGGCGGCGCCGGCGGCUGCAGCAGGAGGACGGCAUCUCCUUCGAGUACCACCGCUACCCGGAGCUGCGCGAGGCGCUGGUGUCGGUGUGGCUGCAGUGCACCGCCAUCAGCAGGAUCUACACGGUGGGGCGCAGCUUCGAGGGCCGCGAGCUCCUGGUCAUCGAGCUGUCCGACAACCCCGGCGUCCACGAGCCUGGUGAGCCUGAAUUUAAAUACAUUGGAAACAUGCACGGCAACGAAGCCGUUGGGCGGGAGCUGCUCAUCUUCCUGGCGCAGUACCUGUGCAAUGAGUACCAGAAGGGGAAUGAGACCAUCGUCAACCUGAUCCACAACACCCGCGUUCACAUCAUGCCGUCUCUGAACCCCGACGGGUUCGAGAAGGCGGCGUCUCAGCCUGGUGAGCUGAAGGACUGGUUUGUGGGUCGAAGCAAUGCCCAGGGGAUAGACCUGAACCGGAACUUCCCGGACCUGGAUAGGAUUGCUUAUGUCAACGAGAAAGAAGGGGGUCCCAACAACCACCUGCUGAGAAAUCUGAAGAAGAUCGUGGAUCAGAACACAAAGCUUGCUCCCGAGACCAAGGCGGUCAUCCACUGGAUCAUGGACACCCCUUUUGUGCUCUCUGCCAAUCUCCACGGAGGCGACCUUGUGGCCAACUACCCCUACGAUGAGACCAGGAGUGGAAGUGCUCAUGAGUACAGCUCCUGUCCAGACGAUGCUGUUUUCCAAAGUGUGGCACGGGCGUACUCUUCUUUUAACCCCGUCAUGUCUGACCCCAACCGGCCACCGUGUCGUAAGAAUGACGAUGACAGCAGCUUUGUGGAAGGAACGACCAACGGUGGUGCCUGGUAUAGCGUACCUGGUGGCAUGCAAGACUUCAACUACCUCAGCAGCAACUGUUUUGAGAUCACCGUGGAGCUCAGCUGUGACAAGUUCCCGCCGGAAGAGACUCUCAAGAGCUACUGGCAGGAUAACAAGAACUCCCUCAUUAGUUACAUUGAGCAGAUCCACCGAGGAGUUAAGGGAUUUGUCCGAGACCUUCAAGGCAACCCCAUUGCCAAUGCAACCAUCUCCGUGGAAGGAAUAGAUCAUGAUGUCACGUCCGCAAAAGAUGGUGAUUACUGGAGACUGCUGGUACCUGGGAACUAUAAACUGACGGCCUCCGCUCCUGGCUACUUGGCAACCACAAAGAAAGUGGCAGUUCCCUAUAGCCCUGCUGUUGGGGUUGAUUUUGAACUGGAGUCCUUCUCAGAAAGGAAGGAAGAGGAGAAGGAAGAGUUGAUGGAGUGGUGGAAAAUGAUGUCAGAAGCUUUGAACUUUUAGCCCAGCUUCUCUUCAGCUGCUUUUAAUGUGUCUAUAUAAUGUAGUGUGACGUACUGUGGCCAUAUUAUCCCAGGUUGUGUGCAGUUACUAUUUAAUAUUGAUUCAUUUUUAUUCAUUUAAAUAUUAAGCAAUAUUACUUAAGUAGAUGCUUAGGCAAACAAAACUAUAAGAACCUUAUUUCAUACUCUCCUAUGUAGUAUCUGCUUUCCAACAUAUCCUACAGGAAGGAGUGUAGAAAGGCUUCAUGUGAUCUUGCCAUCUUAGACAAAUACAAUAUUCUAGGUGUUAUUUACAAUACAGCACUUUUUGAAGAAUUCCAGCUUUUACAAGCUAGUAGACUUCUUCUCAUGUAAUUGGUAAACAUGUCACGUGAUGAAUGUGGUUGAAAAACCAGUAGCCGUUGCCUGGAGCUGGCACCUGCUGCUAGACUUGAUCAGUUCCGUGUAAGUUACCAUUUGCCUCUUGUGCUGCUUAGCCACAUACGCAUGAUCUUGUGAGUGCAUUUUCAAUAGAAAGAAAAUUACACAUGUUUACUAAGAGGCUUAGUGAAAGGGUCAAAGCUGC